GAACAGAAAAUCCAAAUUAUAAAUUUUUAGCUCAACAAAUGUAUAAGGAACUUAUAUGGUAUGUUCAAUUUGGUGAACUUGAAAAAAAUGACAUAUCCAAAAUUUCUACUAUUCAAAAUUGGAUUACCAGUUUCUCAAGAAAAUGA